CCAGUUUGCUUCUCUCUCUCUUUUCUUCCCCCAAAUUAUUCUUCGCCUGAUUUUUCUCGCGGAGCCCUGCGCUCCCGACACCCCCGCCCGCCUCCCCUCCUCCUCUCCCCCCGCCCGCGGGCCCCCCAAAGUCCCGGCCGGGCCGAGGGUCGGCGGCCGCCGGCGGGCCGGGCCCGCGCACAGCGCCCGCAUGUACAACAUGAUGGAGACGGAGCUGAAGCCGCCGGGCCCGCAGCAAACUUCGGGGGGCGGCGGCGGCGGCGGCGGCGGCAACUCCACCGCGGCAGCGGCGGGCGGCAACCAGAAGAACAGCCCGGACCGCGUCAAGCGGCCCAUGAACGCCUUCAUGGUGUGGUCCCGCGGGCAGCGGCGCAAGAUGGCCCAGGAGAACCCCAAGAUGCACAACUCGGAGAUCAGCAAGCGCCUGGGCGCCGAGUGGAAACUUUUGUCGGAGACGGAGAAGCGGCCGUUCAUCGACGAGGCCAAGCGGCUGCGAGCGCUGCACAUGAAGGAGCACCCGGAUUAUAAAUACCGGCCCCGGCGGAAAACCAAGACGCUCAUGAAGAAGGAUAAGUACACACUGCCCGGCGGGCUGCUGGCUCCGGGCGGCAACAGCAUGGCGAGCGGGGUCGGGGUGGGCGCCGGCCUGGGCGCGGGCGUGAACCAGCGCAUGGACAGCUACGCGCACAUGAACGGCUGGAGCAACGGCAGCUACAGCAUGAUGCAGGACCAGCUGGGCUACCCGCAGCACCCGGGCCUCAACGCGCACGGCGCCGCGCAGAUGCAGCCCAUGCACCGCUACGACGUGAGCGCCCUGCAGUACAACUCCAUGACCAGCUCGCAGACCUACAUGAACGGCUCGCCCACCUACAGCAUGUCCUACUCGCAGCAGGGCACUCCUGGCAUGGCGCUUGGCUCCAUGGGCUCGGUGGUCAAGUCCGAGGCCAGCUCCAGCCCCCCCGUGGUUACCUCUUCCUCCCACUCCAGGGCGCCUUGCCAGGCCGGGGACCUCCGGGACAUGAUCAGCAUGUACCUCCCCGGCGCCGAGGUGCCGGAGCCCGCCGCCCCCAGCAGACUUCACAUGUCCCAGCACUACCAGAGCGGCCCGGUGCCCGGCACGGCCAUUAACGGCACACUGCCCCUCUCGCACAUGUGAGGGCUGGACAGUGAACUAGAGGGGGGGGGGAGGAAUUUUCAAAGAAGAACGAGGGAAAUGGGAGGAGAGUAAGAAACAGCAUGGAGAAAAAAAAACCCGGUACGCUCAAAAAAAAAAAAAAAAAAAGUCAUCACCCGCAGCAAAUGACAGCUGCAAAAGAGAACACCAAUCCCAUCCACACUCACGCAAAAACCGCGAUGCCGACGAGAAAACUUUUAUGAGAGAUCCUGGACUUCUUUUUGGGGGACUAUUUUUGUACAGAGGAAAC